AUGGCCUUAUCAUCCAAACCCUAUACUCUCUCUUUCACAAUCUUUAUCAUCUUCUUUAUAUUUUACGCCAAGGCAACCAAACUUGGUUUCACAGUGGACCUCAUUCACCGUGAUUCCCCACUUUCUCCUUUGUUCGAUAACUCCACAACACGAUUCCAGAAAAUUCACAACGCUUUACGUCGAUCCACCAAGCGUUUGAAUCAUUUCUUCCCCGGUAAUAACAAUAAUCCUACUGCACAAACCAACCAAGAAGACGAUCCUGUAUCUGAACUUACUACCAGUGAAGGUGAAUACUUAAUGGCAUAUUCACUAGGAAACCCAGAAUUUCAAACUCGGGCUUUCAUUGACACAGGCAGUGAUCUUCUCUGGUUACAGUGUUUUCCCUGUAAAUCUUGUUACCCACAGAACACUCCUAAAUUGGAACCCUUACUUUCUUCCACUCAUAUAAACGUGGAUUGCAAUUCACAAAGAUGCAAAUCUGCCGGCGAAUCAGUGACCAGACCGGGAAGUAUCAGAUCUGACACACUCACACUUGGAUCUUCAAGUGGUGGGAAAGUGAAGUUUCCUAGGUUCAUAUUUGGAUGUGGGCAUAAUAAUAGUAAGUUUUCUCGUGGGACUUCUGGUGUUGUUGGUCUUGGAAGAGGUCCGUUAUCGUUAGCCUCACAGUUAAGUAAUUCCAUUGAAGGAAGAUUCUCGUACUGUUUGGUUCCUUCGUUUGAGGCUUCUCCUGGUAAACUGAAAUUUGGUGAGAAUGCUGUCGUUUCUGGAUCUGAUGUUGUCUCUACUCCUAUGGUCUCAAAAUCGCCACCAAAUUACUAUUACCUCACGUUGGAAGCAAUGAGCGUGGGAAACAAGAGAAUAGGGUUGACACCAGUGGUGGAGGGCAAUGUAAUCAUAGAUUCUGGGACAACAUUGACAUUCUUGCCACAAUAUUUCUACAACAAAUUGGAAGCAGAGGUUUCAGCAGUGAUGGACCGGACAGCAAAGCGUGUUAAGGACCCAUUUGGUAAGUUAAAGCUUUGUUAUGAGACACGAGGGGCUGAGGACAUUGGAGCUCCCGCCAUUACUGUUCAUUUCAAGGGUGCAGAUGUGAAGUUAUUUGAACUCAACGCAUUCAUUUUGGUGGAAGAGGAAGUGGAAUGCUUUGCUUUUAUGGGUGCUUCUUCAGGACCAUUUGUUUUUGGGAACUUGGCUCAGUUGAAUUGGUUGGUGGGUUAUGAUCUUGAGGAGGCUCUUGUUUCCUUCAAGCCUGCAGAUUGUACCAAGCUCUAA